AAAGAGAGACAUGUAAAAACAGGUCAAAAUAGACUUUCACAAGCUGUUUAACAUACAGUGUGACUGUGCUGUACAAACAGGAUGCUGUUCCUCGUAUCUACACAGACAUCAACUGUGGCGGUCAGAGAACACGUUGCAACUCUGCAAUCAUUCCUUCAUUGUCUGUGGGACAUUUUAUUGUUUAUUUACUUUUGGAACAAAUCUAACCAUUAAAUAUUUACUUAUGUUACCUUGAGAUACAAUUCAACUGCAGGGUGAAAGGGCAGAACAUUGGACCAACCAAAAGGUAUGAGCUGCUGUUAGUUACCAAGGAGGACCCAUCUGACAAACAACAAGAAGAAGAGAGACUCCAUACUGUUUACAGCGUUCACAAGGAUGGUACUGUAUCAAACCAACGCUCUACAGAUAUCCACCAGAACCAAACUAUUCUGAUUAUUAUCUCAGUAGAUUUGACUGACGUUGGGAGAGAUGAGAGCUAUGUUUUCCCACCCUGCCGUCCUGUUCCUGUGGAUUCAGAGUGCUAGUGGAUGGAUGCAUCCUAAAUGCCAGAUUUAUGACAGUGGUGAAAACUUGGGAGACUUUACCACCUGGAUCUGCAACUACCUACCUCGUCAUGUAGAACAUUACACUGCUGCCUGUGAAGAUGUCACAGCCAUCGAGGAGGAUCUACUUGGACUUCCCCUUAAUAUCAAUACCCUCUGCAUAUCUAUGACACAUGGUGAAAAUAGAUCCAUGUCUCUGGGCUUUUUCUCUCAGUUUCAGGAUCUGGAGUACCUGUACAUUAAGGGCUGUUUUACUCAAAUCCUUACAUCUGGGAAUAGUCACCUUCCAAGUCUGCAGUAUUUACAUUUGGAUGGAAUGGGCUCUGGAUGCUGUGAUUGUCAAACUGGGCCUCAAACAUUCAGAGAUCUAGUCAAGCUAAGUCAUUUAAUCAUAUGGGGUUAUAGACUAUCAGCAAUGGCCCCAGAUGUUUUCCAUGGCAUGACUCAGUUACAAAGUCUCAUCAUUAGUGAACCUCAUGUAGAUGAUUUGUCAGAGGUACUAUGCAGAAUAAUGAAUAUAAAGUCACUUAUAAAGCUAAAUAUAGAAGCACCAGAGAUACAAUCGUUAAACCAAUCAAACUGCUCCAUCUUAAACACCAACGAAAGCAUGAAACCUGUUUUUAACAAUCUAGCAUUGUCUGAAUUAUCAUUUGGUGAAAUAACACAUAUAGAGGAAGGUGCACUGGCUUGGCUACAGAACCUCACAUGGUUAUCUGGGGUUUUCAGCCAGGAAGUCCUACUGCACCUUCCCCUCUCUGGGAUUCAGCAAAUCCAGUACUUCAGUUGCUCUGGUAGCAAUGAAAUAGAUAUUGAAAGUAUCUGUAAUGUAGUGUUUUUGCUUUCAAUCAAGCAAUUAGAUUUAUACAAUGCCAAUACAAGCAGCCUCUCUAAGUCCAGUGUUGAACUGUGCAUUGGGCUAGAAUAUAUGUAUUUACGUGGACCUGGCUUUUUCCGUCCUACUCCAUAUUUGGAAUGGCAUUUUAUUUCCAGUCUCAAAAACCUUAACCAAUUAAAAAUAGACGGCCUGAAAGACAACAGACUUGAUAUUUGCUCCUUCCAAAAACAACCAAUCACAUGGUUAACAAAACUGACUUUAGAGUUGAACAAUAUACAAAUGCUUUUUGCAAAACAAUUUAUCUGUUUUGUUAACCUGCAGUAUUUGGAUUUAGCAGAUAAUUCAAUUUCAAACAUUGACGACUUUGCUUUCCUGGGAUUGACAAAUCUGGAAUCCUUAGACAUUUCAAGAAAUAAGAUUACACAGAUAACUACAAACACAUUUUUUGGUAUACAACUGACAAAACUGACUUUAAGGUUGAACAAGCUACACAUGCUUUUUGCUAAACAAUUUAGCUGUCUUGUUGAGCUGCAGUAUCUGGAUUUAACACAGAAUUUAAUUUCGAACAUUGAAGACUUUGCUUUCCUUGGAUUGACAAAUCUGGUGUCCUUAGACAUUACAAUAAAUAACAUAACACAGAUAAAUGCAAACACAUUUUUUGGUUUACAUAGUUUGACAUGGUUAGACCUCAGGAACAAUCCACUUAUUCACAACAUUGAGGCAAUGUCUUUCACACACCUCACGUCUCUUAGACAAGUGUUUCUCGGGCAAGUGAACAAUCCACUAACAGAACCUGUGAUCAAGCUGAAUCUGACACUUAUAUUUGGUGGCAUUCUGAGUCAGCUGACUCAUCUGUACAUUAGUUCAGCUAUGAGGCCAAUGCAGUUGGUUAUCGGCAGUAACAUCACAUCUAAACAGAACCUGAGUCUCCAGCUCAAAGGCCAGACGGUGUCAUUUGAGGACUGUGACAGACCUUUCUUUCAGUCUGUAACCCAUCUUCAUGCUGAUGCUGAAGAAUUCCUUUGUGGAUCUGAAUUCAUGGGAAAGUUCUUCACGUCUGUGGAGACAUUUGACUACAGAUCUAAGCUUUCAGCUAAAAGGGUUGAUUUAACAUCAAUUAAUCAGCUGAUUCACCUGAGGAAACUGACUCUACGACAGGUGGAUCUUUUAACACAGCGUUCUGCCGACAUCAUUUUUCACAACUUGACCAAACUGGAGGUUCUGGAAAUGUACCACUGCAGGAUUUAUUCUUUGGAGGGGAGUUUAACUAAAGACUUUAAAUCUUUGAAAACAUUGUAUUUGCAUAUAGAGAACAUUUAUAAUGUAUUCUACAGCUUUACUGAACCUCUCUCUAGUCUUAAGUAUUUGAUACUUCCUCAGUUCCAGAUUUUUUGCAGUUGUGACAAUGCUUGGCUCAUUACAUGGGCCAAAGGGUACAGGAAGGUCGAAGUGAUCAUGCUUACUCCGUAUACACAUCCCGUUAUGUAUGCUUUGGAGGACUUGAUAUGCUUGUCGGACAAUGGACUAGACACACCUAAUUUUGUCAAGUACACAGAAGCCAACUGCACUACAGAGGUUGGCUUUGUGCUCUUUGCUGCGACUGGCCUGGGAGUCCUGUUCUUCAUGCUGGUGGUGUUGGUCCAUAACCUGGCCGGUCCCUACCUCCUCCCCCUCUACCACAUCACCCUUGGCUGGCUGUCGGAGGCCAUGCGAUCCAACACCAGGGGGCGCUACCACUACGAUGCGUUUGUCUCCUAUAGCGGGAAGGAUGAGCGCUGGGUGGUGGAGGAGCUGCUACCCAACCUGGAGCAGAGGGGUCCUCCUUUCCUGCGCCUCUGUCUGCACAGCAGGGACUUCCAGCUGGGGAAGGACAUUGUGGAGAACAUCACAGACAGCCUCUACCGGAGCCGACAUACCCUCUGCCUCGUCAGCCGCCACUACCUGCGCAGUAACUGGUGCUCCCUGGAGAUGAAGCUGGCCACCUCCAGGCUGCAGGUGGAGCAAAGGGACAUCCUCCUCCUAGUCUUCCUGGAGAAGAUCCCCCCUCGCCAGCUGUCUGCCCACCACAGACUGGCUCGCCUGGUGAAGACCAGGACCUAUCUGGACUGGCCCCAGGACCCCCAUCAGCAUCAGGCAUUCUGGGACAGACUGUGGGCUAAACUGUCUGCAGCGUGAGAUCAGAGGUUGAUGUAGGACCUUGUGGACCGAAAUGUGACAUCAGAGGUUGAUGUAGGACCUUGUAGACUGAAUUAUGACAUCAGAGGUUGAUAUAGGACCUUGUGGACUGAAGCUUGAGAUCAGAGGUUGAUGUAGGACCCUGUGGACUGAAAUGUGACGUCAGAGGUUGAUGUAGGACCAUGUGGACUGAAGCUUGAGAUCAGGGGUUGAUGUAGGACCAUGUGGACUGAAGCUUGAGA